AUGGGUGACAAGGAUGCCACUCCAUCGGGAGUCAUGGCAGGGGAGCUUGCAGCGGUGUUGCAAGCCAUGGAUGAUAAAUACAGAUUGUUGUUCGAGGCUAUGAGCAAGCAAGGAGGGAGUUCAAAACCAGAAGCAGAGGUCAAGGAGGAGGUUCAUCCAUUGCAAAUGCCCCUGGUGAAGUUAGAUGGGUCUGAAACCUAUGCAAGUUGGGCAGAGCACGCAGAGACAAUUCUUGUCUCAAGAAGUCUAGAGGGCUAUAUACAUGGGGCAAUUGAAAAACCAGCUGACGAGAACUCCAAGGAAGGCCAGAAGUGGAAGAUGACCAACGCAUUGGUGAGAGCAUGGCUGCUGAGUUCAGUCUCACCUCAAAUUGCUAAGCAGGUGGAAAGGAUUAAGGAGGCGUCAGAAAUUUGGCGGCUACUGAAAGGUACAUAUUCUGGAGUCGGUAAUGAGAUGCUUGCUUGUAAAAUUCAGAAGGAGCUGCAGGGGUUGAGUCAGGGUGACAAAUCAGUUGUGGAUUAUGUGUCCGAAUUGAAGAGAUUGUGGAGUGAGAUUGAUUACUUUGAUCCAAUUGAUAUGAAGUGUGGUAAGUGUAUUGAGAAAUUUAACAAGUGGACGGAAAAGAGACGUGUGAGGGACUUCCUAAAUGGACUUCAUUCUAAGUAUGAAAACAGGAGGGCUGCACUGUAUGGUAGCGGAAAGCUUCCUACACUGGAGCAGGCAAUAUCAGCUAUCAUUAGUGAGGAAACCAGAUUGAAAUUAGAGGCAGCCGGGUCAGUGAUGCAAGGUAUCAUGUAG